UUGACAAUAUCAUUGUCUGACAAAGCUUAAAAACGACGCCGGUUUCGCGGCCUUUUGUUUUCAAUAAAAUAUAACUCUAAUAAUAAAAAAACCUUAGCAAAAUGGCAUACAAAGGCCCACCUAAGGUACAGAAGGUUAUGGUACAACCCAUUAACCUUAUCUUCAGAUAUUUACAAAACAGAAGCCGUGUACAAAUAUGGCUUUACGAGAAUGUGAAUUUGAGAAUCGAGGGUCACAUUGUUGGUUUCGAUGAAUACAUGAAUAUUGUUUUGGACGAAGCUGAAGAAGUUCACAUGAAAACCAAAAAUCGCAAGCAAAUUGGAAGAAUUAUGAUGAAAGGAGAUAACAUAACGCUUAUACAAAAUGUAAACCCGAACGCUACAGUGUGAAUAGGUUAUAAAAAGUGAACAGACAUUCCUCAACGAUUCUCUGUUUGUGAAUUAUAAGUGUUUUGUAAUUACAUUAAACAAGUGUCAUUAAAUUUAA